UCCCACCGGAUAUAUAUGUCGUACGUUCCGCAAUAAAACAAACCAAACUCGCUGUCGUUGUUAGAUAAUAUGCUUACUUUGUUGUUUUCGUUUGUGCGCGGAUAAAAUAAGGCCUGUGCAUGUUGGCUGAUUUAUUUUAAUAGCCUUUUGAUGGAGACUGAGCAAAGUCUCGGCGCCGGAGGUGAAAGUAGUCUCAUUCUUCAGGAUGAGGAGGUGAAGAAGGAGAACCUGUCAUCGGAGGAGGAGGAAGAAGAAGCAGCAGCUGCUGAUGCAGAGGAGGAAGAUGAAGAUGCUCUCCCGCAUUCAGAGGUCCUGGAUAUUUUCGAGGAGGGACUGGCUCGACUCGUGCAGGACCCUUUACUCUGCGAUUUGCCAAUACAGGUGACCCUGGAAGAGGUGAAUUCCCAGAUUGCCCUGGAAUAUGGCCAGGCGAUGACAGUGAAGGUUUUAAAGGCAGAUGGGGAAAUAAUGCCCAUAGUUGUUGUCCAGAAUGCCACUGUCUUUGAUCUGAAGAAGGCCAUUUGCAGGUUUAUGGAGCUGAAACAGCAGCGAGAAGGCGGGGUGAAACACAUCAGCUGGAGAUAUGUUUGGAGAACCUACCAUCUUGUAUUUCAAGGCGAGAAGCUUGAUGAUGAUACUAUGAGGCUUAAAGAUUAUGGGAUCAGGAACAGAGACGAAGUGACGUUUAUGAAGAGACUCAGGAAGAAGUGACGCAGCGGCAUUCUUCCACGUUUUUGGAGAAUAAACACAACUUCUUGGAGAGCACCAGUUUUAUGUUAAAAAUAAUAAAAUAAAAUCUUGGUUUUGUACUGCUUCUA